UUGCAUGCUUUAUUACAAUUCUAAUGCAAUUUAAACAAAGUUGAAUUUCUGGUUAGUUCCAUGCGUGCUUUAAUCUCAACUGCAUGCAUAAUAAAUAACGACUAGAUGCAACAAUAUAACAUUAUAAUCAACGAAACAAACAGUUAAAUAUGAUAUUGUCGGCUACAAUAGUGAUUUUCACCCAUUGUGAGACAUGAUUGUACUGCCAUGAGAAAGCAGUCACAAAAGUUCGACAAAAUCACUUCCUGCUUAAUUAAUAAGGAUUUAAGUCAGUUUUGAGUCACCUUUGUGACAUUUUAAUUAAUGACUCAACUUUAUUUGUUAAAAUUAUCAGUAACGACAAACAUUGGCUAGGAAAAACCCUACCACAUAUCACAUAACUAAAGUUGCACAAAUGCACAAAACAAGAAAAACAAAAAUUCAAACUUCGUCCAAAAAAAUUUUUGUGAUUUACACAGGUGGAACAAUUGGCAUGAAACCGAACGAUGACGGGGCUCAAGUUCCUGUACCAAAAGAAUUUAUUAGCAGACUUAAAAGCAUUCCGCAACUUCUUGAUCCCGAAUUAGCAAGCAAACAUUUCCCGAAUCUAGACGAAAAUGAGCUAGUUUUAUCUGCAACUGGUUGUUUGAUUGUCUACAAGGUGUGCGAAUAUGACCCUCUGCUAGAUUCUAGCAGCAUGACACCAAAUGAAUGGAUCAAAAUAGCAAAAGAUAUAGAAGAAAAUUAUGAAAAUUUUGAUGGUUUUGUUAUUCUUCACGGGACUGAUACUCUCGCAUAUACUUCCAGUGUUUUAUCAUUCCUAUUUGAAGGACUCCAAAAACCUGUGAUAGUAACAGGGGCUCAGCUUUCAGUUUUUGAAACUCGUAGCGAUGCUGUGGACAACAUUUUAGGUGCUUUAAUCCUUAGUGGAUGUUAUGAAAUUCCAGAAGUGUGUGUUUUUUUUGCUAAUAAACUCUUCCGAGGUAACCGAACGACUAAAAUAAGUGUCAAAAAACUCGCCGGCUUCGAUUCACCAAAUUACGACAUCCUUGCAGACACUCAAACCACGAUAAAGUUAAAUAAUAAUUAUAUCAGAAAACCGGAUACAAGCCCAUUUAGAGUAAAUACCAAUCUAAAUACCAAUGUGGGAAUAUUAACAUUCUUCCCUACAAUGACUCCUUCUAUGUUGGAAUUAUUCCUGCAACCGUUUGACGGUCUAGUCAUUCGGAGUUACGGUUCAGGAAACGUUCCUUCAGAUCAACCAGAACUAAUCCAAGUUUUGAAAAACGCAAUUGAUAGAGGAUUAUUGAUAAUAAACACAACACAAUGUCUGGAAGGAGCGGUUUCUGGUAUUUACCAAACAGGAAAGAUAUUAGAAGAUAUUGGAGUCAUUUCAGGCUACGACAUGACACCUGAAGCAGCUCUCACUAAACUCAGUGUCGUCCUGGCCUACCCUCAUUUGUCACACCAGGAACGGAUUCAAAUGAUGAAAAGUAACAUCCGAGGGGAGCUCACAUCAAAUCAUUCUUACUCAGUUACAUAAAAAUAAACCUGGACCAAAAAUAUUAAA